UGAAGAGAAGCUUCUUUGUGAUUAUAGUUUUGAGAAUAGGCACUAAUCUGGAGUCAGAAGAGAGCUGAGAAGAGGUUGGGCAUUGGAAAUGAAGUGAGUUAAACAUAAAAAUCUGGUAUGGUAGCUCCACAGAACUGUUUCUCAUUACAGAACAGGAAAGCAUUAGAGGGAAUUAAGUAAAUCCUGAUUUUAUGUUCCUUGGGUUGAUAAAACUGUUGGGAUCUGUUUUUCUGUAGCCUCCACUCUGAGACCUUGUGAAUAUAUAUAAAUGCACAAUGCACAUUGGGCCCCUCCAGAGGCAUCUGUCAUAUGUAUAUAUUCCAAAUACAGACAUCUGUCCCUCUCUCACAUGCCCCUUAGUCUUGGGACCCAAACUUGUCAAGAACAUUUUUCUUUCUUUCCUCCCCUUUCUUUAUCCCUCCCUGUUUCUCUCCUCAGGAAAAAAGAGCCCAGACCUAGGGGAGUAUGAUCCUCUCACUCAGGCCGACAGUGAUGAGAGUGAAGAUGACCUUGUGCUCAACCUGCAGAAGAAUGGAGGAGUCAAGAAUGGGAAGAGCGCCCUGGAAGAGGUGCAGGACCCAGACUCAGAUGUGGAGGUGGGGAUGAUGAAACAGCACCCCUCAGAGAGCACAGCUGAGAGGUACCCUGCAGAGGCUGCCAUUGGCCUGGAGCAGAAGGCAGCCACCUCCUUGAUGCCUUACUUGCGCACAGCGGUCUUUCUCCUCACCAUGGUUAUCUCUAUGAUUCUGGUGCUGGUCUGUGCAUUUCUAAUUCCUUGUCCUCCUAGGGAUUUGCAUAACACCUGGAUGCACCACCUGGGUCAGGAAGCAGGUGGGGUACUGUUUCCACUGGAACUCUCUGACGUGAACGGUGAUGGGCUUCCUGACAUCCUGCUCUCCUUUGCUGCCCUGAUGAAUGCUAGUGUCAUGGGUGUCUCCAGGCCCUCGGUAACUGUAGUGGCCCUUUCAGGCAUGAAUGGAAGCACGUUGUGGUCCAUCCACAUUCCAGAGGACACUCGGAGUGUACACUGCAAAGGACUGACUCACAUGGCCACAGUAGAGCCAGUCUGCUUGGUGACUGGAACAUCUAAAUUCCUCAGCCUUCUCAAUGCUUCCACAGGAAAAACCAUCUGGAGGCUAAACCCUGACCACCUGCCAAGUGGGACUCUGGCUGCACCAGCUGUUACGCUACCGGAUGUGGAUGGAGAUGGGAUUGGAGAUCUGGUAGUCCUGGCCAUUGGGGAGACGCAGCCUGACCUGUGCUUUAUCUUGUUGUCUGGAAAGACUGGAAACCCUCUAGGUGGGCCUGUGAAGUACAGCAUAAAUGGAGAAGGAAAACUAAUUGGUCCCCAAGCCCACAUCACCAGGCAAGGAGCCAUUUACAUCCUGUUUGGCUUUGGUAAUGUCCAAGCAGUUUCGCUGAGGGAUAUCUUUGCCCAGGCCAGAAUCCAUGACAUCUUCCCACAAGUGCUGCAACAGGAAGAGCCAGAGUGGGAGAAGCACAGAUCAGUCAACUUGUCAGAGCUCAUUGACAUUUACAGCGGGGGUGUUGAGUUUCUACAAACAGUGAAGGCUUCAGACAGCAACUGCAGCAACCUUCUCAUCACCACCAAGCAUGGCCUGACUUUACUACAGGGACAGGACCUAGAACCCCAGUGGAGCUUGGAGAUUCAGGAUAUUCACAGCCAACCUUCCCCUGGUUACUUCAGUGCUGAUCAAGUCCUGGACUUCAUGCUGCAGGCUCCGAGCAGAAGUGGUACAAAAAGGGUGGUGGUGGUAGAUGGCAAAACGGGCCUCCCUAUUUGGAGCCAUAACCUCCCAUGUCGCAUGCAAGAAUCCGAUGCACUAUCAGUAAUGACUUUGGACAGGAAAUCUGUUUUUCUCUUCUGGGCUGAUGAAAUACAGCCUGCAUCACAAAGUCUGGAACCUGGCCCAAGAAAUGAGCGCCCAGGGCUUCACCAUCUCUACCUCUUGCAUCCUGCCUUUCCUACAGUCCUUUUGGACCUCAACAAUAUCACCGACAUAGUGACUGCUUCAGCCAUUGGAAUUAAUGAUCUCCAGAAAGAUGCAUUUUACAUCACUAUGAUGAGGAGCCCUACAGCUGAAAACCAACCAGGAUUUUUGUCUGUCAGCAAGCUAGGCCUGAGGUGGGCCAUGAUGACUCAAAGCCGCAUGGUAUUGCUAAAGGACACCACCCCCAAGAUCAGCCGAGGGGAAGUAAGGAGAUUCUUGGCCAGGCUGAAAUUUGUGGAUUUUCCUUUCAAGGUCUAGGAUGUUGGCUUCUCAGGUUUCACAUGCACAGGGUGGAUAUUUGGCCCUUGGUGGAGUAGGGGAAGAUGCUCAGUGAUUCUUCAUCAUACUUGCUGUACAAAGGGAGCAGGGACUGAAGCUACUCCCCUGUCCCUUCCUCAAGCUUGCCAGAAAAA